AUGGAAAGCCAGAUAUUGUGGAAGCGAGGAAGAAGAUUGGGAAUGGGCAGCUUUGGUGUCGUUUCAUUAGCAGAGGCAUAUAAAGAAGGUAGUUGCAAUCCUCCAUUGUUGAUAGCUGUGAAAACUACACAAGUGUCUCUCUCCGAUUCACUUCGCAAAGAAAGAGAACUUCUUCGGAAACUUGAAGGUUGUCCCUACGUUGUUCGCUAUUUCGGGGACGAAGUUUCAACAGAGAAUUGUGUUGAACUCUACAAUAUAAUGUUGGAGUAUGCAUCGGGAGGAAGUUUGGCCGAUUGUAUCAAGAGCUACGGUAAAGGAUUACCCGAGUAUGAAGUUAGACGAUACACACAGAAUGUGCUUAUGGGUCUCAGUUAUAUUCACGAGCAAGGUUACGUUCACUGCGACAUAAAGCCCCAUAAUAUCCUACUUGUCAGUGAGGAAGAAGAAACUGCAAAGAUUGCAGAUUUUGGACUUGCGAUGAAGAUUGAAGAGAAAAAAAGCCCCACGUUGAGAGGCACACCUAUGUAUUUGGCACCGGAGUCGGUUCGUCAUCAAGAGUACCUACCUCCUUCGGAUAUUUGGGCACUUGGGUGCACUGUGUUAGAGCUGAUUACGGGGGCAUCGCCAUGGCAUUGCGAACCACAUGCCGAGACUUGUGCUCUUUUGUAUCGUAUUGGUUUGGGAAAAACACUGCCAGAGAUUCCAAGUUGGGUGUGUGCAGAGGCAAAAGAUUUCUUGUUGAAGUGUUUGGUCCAUGAUCCGAAGUCGCGAUGGUCUGCAGACAUGCUCUUAGGCCAUCCAUUUGUUUUAGCUACGGACAGUACUACAAAGGGUGUUAAGGAAUUAAGAAGUUGCAUUCUUCCAAGUGAAACAAGAAACACAGCAUGUGAUGAUCAUCACUUCAGAGUUCAUCACUUGAUCUUCUAA